ACAAUAUCGGCAAAAAGUUAAUAAACUGCAGGUCACCAUCUUUAAUUUCUCCUGUGUUUUUUUUGUUUGUUUGUUUGUUUUGUUGUCAGUCAUAAUGGCAGAGUGAAGAUGGGGGACUGGAACUUCCUUGGGGGCAUUUUGGAGGAGGUACACAUCCACUCCACCAUGGUGGGAAAGAUCUGGCUCACCAUCCUGUUCAUCUUUCGUAUGCUGGUCCUGGGGGUGGCGGCGGAGGACGUGUGGAACGACGAGCAGGCCGACUUCGUGUGCAACACGGAGCAGCCCGGCUGCAGGAACGUGUGCUACGACCUGGCCUUCCCCAUAUCGCUCAUCCGCUACUGGGUGCUGCAGGUCAUUUUCGUGUCCUCGCCCUCACUGGUCUACAUGGGCCACGCCCUCUACAGGCUGAGAGCACUGGAGAAGGUACGGCAGAGGAAGAAGGCCCUGCUGCGGAAGGAGCUGGAGUUGGUGGACUUGGAGUUGGCCGAAUCCAGGAGAAGGAUCGAGCGUGAGAUGAAGAGCCUGGAUCAGAGGAAAGUCAACAAAGCCCCACUGAGCGGCUCCUUGCUGCGCACGUACGUGGCCCACAUCGUCACUCGCUCCGUCGUGGAAGUGGCCUUCAUGACGGGCCAGUAUCUCCUGUAUGGUUUUCACCUGAACCCGCUCUUCAGGUGCGAGCGAGAUCCCUGUCCCAACGCUGUGGACUGUUAUGUUUCUCGACCCACGGAGAAAAGUGUCUUCAUGGUGUUCAUGCAGUGCAUCGCUGCCAUCUCACUCUUCUUAAACGUCCUGGAGAUCCUGCACCUGGGCUACAAGAACAUCAAAAAGGCCAUCUUGGACCUCUACCCGCACCUGAGUGAUGAAAAAGAUGAACUUAACGAGUACCUCGCUCAGAAAUACAAAAAAGAAUCCGUUUGGCAGGUGUACACAGGGGGCGCCAGAAAAGCCACACUGGCCUCCAAGGCCAGCGACUACAACCUGUUGAUGGACAGGGUCCAGAACACGGUGACGUUCCCAGACCCUGUGGAAUCUUUUCCCUCCGUCCCCGGGGAGCAGACCCUGCACCAGGAUUCAGAUGAUCUCAGAGCUUCGUCUCAAAGCCCCCCAGGACAAAACGGUGGCUUUCCUGACCACCAGGCCUGUUCAACACGCUGUGACUCCUUCGCUCCCAAGCACAGAGGUGAGGACGCCUCCCAAGAGAGCGUUGACAGAGGCGUCCCCGUUUCACCAAAAUGGCCACUGAAGACAAAAAAUGUCGCCACCCUCCCCACGCUGUCGGAAAAUGUACAGAAAACAUGGAUGGUUCAAGAAUCUAAAUUACUCACAGUGACUGAGGGGAAGAACUGUUCUUCUUCUGGGGGACCUUCAUCUACCUGCGUGUGGUCAAAAUCCAAUGAGAAACAUGGAAACCGGACUUGUAGCCCAGAGGAGUCCAGCUCAGGAUCAAACGCAGCUUCCUGUCGCUGCAAAACAACGGUUUCAAGUUCCACGAGCAGCAGACGAGCUCCAGACCUGAAGAUCUGACACUGACGUCACCCUGGAUGUCACUGCUCCAACGGCAGCUUAUAGUGGAGUUGUUGAUAACUGCCCUCUGAUACUUGUCUGUUGUCUUUAGGGGUAACAGUCAAAUGAAUAAAUAAAUAGAAAACAGGUGGCAAAAACAAACAUGUCUUUAGAUUUUCCCUCAUUGUUCUACAUUCACAGACUCACGGUACAAGUUUAGACUUUAGUCACCUGGUCUAUUAUGUCCUGGCUGCAGUGUUUGUUUACCAGGAUGGUAGGUUACAUUAGCUCUGGUGUCUGUACCAGGACUGUUGUAGCUAACGUUAGCUCUGGAGUCUGUACCAGGACUGUUGUAGCUAACGUCAGCUCUGGUGUCUGUACCAGGACUGUGGUAGCUAACGUUAGCUCUGGUGUCUGUACUAGGACUGUUGUAGCUAACGUUAGCUUUGGUGUCUGUAGAAGGGCUGUUGAGUUUUCCAAAGUAUCA